CGACCUUAUAAUUAAAGCCCAGAACGGAUGCAGCGCGUGCUUUUUACGCGUCUUCUUCAAGUUGGACUUACUCCCGCAUCAUCCUCCGUGUAUACCCUCUCUCCCUCAAAUUUUAUAUAUCUCUACUUGUUUUAUUAUCAAAAAUGGGUCGCCCUCUUUACUCCAAGGCUUUCCAGACAGAGCCUAUCAUCAGAGAGCCAGAGACUCCUCUCCCAUACCAAAAAUGGUCAUAUAUCAAUGCUUUUGAUCCAGACUCUGACGAGUUUUUUGAAAAUGACCAGGCAGUUUACGAGGCCUUCAUUGACCACGUGCCUGUAGAACACUCGGAAGAUGAAGAAGAGACGGAGGAAGACAGAGAGACCGUGGUUAUCAGACUAGACCUCACCGGCGAGGGUAGUCAUCUCGAACGUGACAGUCCAAUGGCUGUCGGGGGUGAUAGCCUAGCCCAGUACAUUGCUCAGGCCUACCAAAGGCAGACAACAGAGCCGGAAACACCCGUCCGAGUUCAUCUCGCAGCUCAUGACAUCCAUGGCGAAGUCCAGAGUGACCCGCCAGUGUCGCACGAAUCAGUAGAGAUCGAUUCUUCGCGGGAUAUCAUGGCACCAUUAGACGCACAUCCACAACCAGUGAACUUCCCCCUUCCAACCCCCAGUGCACCCAUCCCUGUUCCGGGUACACACUCCCAGCACUCUUCAUCUGGUGAAGGGUUAUCUUUCUCCUCGUUCUACCACCAGCAUCUAUCCUCGACACCGCCGCCACGCUACACAUCCUUUUCUCGGUUUUCCCCGUCACCGCCCCCCACAGUCUCACCGCGUAUUUACUCUUGGGCGUCUCAUCACCAGACAUAUUCGCCAGCAGGAACAAGUCCUCUCCCUAACAAUAAUGCACGCAUGUCUCAUGCUCAUAUUUCCCCCGCACUCGUUCGUGUCCGAGACGUCGUGGCUUAACUUGUAAAUCAAUACACCGUCCCAAUCCCCUCAUUCAUAACCUCUUCCUUUCCUUCAUUUUGACUUUCAAGGCAUUCCAGCGUGCACAAUCCACGUAAUCUUUAUCCUGCUUCAUACACUCAGCUAAUCCAUUACUUAUGCACUAUUACAAUGGCCGUAAAUGACCCGCGUCAUUUGCUCUACUAUCGUGUGCUUUUUAUAGUCGUUGUUUAGCGGAUUCGUAUAGAUUAGACCUGAUGCUCUCGAUUCAUCCGCUUGCAACAUCGUUCAUAUCAUGUAUUGCGAUCAAACAUCUGUAUGAAUUCGGCUACCUACAAUUUGUAAUGAGAUCAGCCCCAUCUAGCAUCCCAAU